UGGUUUUGCAAUAUGAAUCGCAGCACACCACAAGUUAACCAACUCCGUCAGCAUGGCACAAAAACUCUUGGCAGCUUUCCUCCUCCUCCUCUUCUCCUUCGCCAUCACCGUCUCUUCAGCUCAGAAAUCAUUCAGACCAAAAGCAUUGGUCAUCCCAAUCAAGAAGGACACUUCCACAAACCAGUACCUCACAACAAUCCGGCAGCGCACCCCUCUCGUCCCCGUCUCCCUCGUCCUUGACCUCGGCGGCCAGUUCCUCUGGGUCGACUGCGACAAAAACUACGUCUCCUCCACCUACCGCCCCGCCCGCUGCGGCUCCGCCCAGUGCUCCCUCGCCGGCUCCACCUCCUGCGGCACCUGCAACGCCCCUCCCCGCCCAGGAUGCAACAACAACACCUGCGGCCUCAUACCGGACAACACCAUCACCCACACCGCCACCGGCGGCGAGCUCGCCGAAGACGCCGUGUCCGUACAGUCCACUAACGGCUUCAAUCCUGGCCAAAACGUCACCGUUUCGCGCUUCCUCUUCUCCUGCGCACCCACUUUCCUCCUCAAAGGCCUCGCUAGCGGCGUCUCCGGAAUGGCGGGUCUCGGAAGGACGAAAAUCGCACUUCCCACGCAGUUCGCCUCCGCUUUCAGCUUCGCCAGAAAAUUUGCCGUUUGCUUAUCAUCAAACGGCGUCGUUUUCUUCGGAGAUGGACCGUACGGUUUCCUCCCGAACGUUGAGUACGAUUCGAAAUCUCUAACCUACACACCUCUCUUCAUCAACCCCGUGAGCACCGCCUCCGCUUACUCCCAAGGAGAACCCUCCGCUGAGUACUUCAUCGGCGUGAGUUCCAUUAAAGUUGACCAAAAUGUGGUCAAAGUCAAAUCCAGCUUGUUGACCAUCAACAAGACCAGCGGCGUGGGUGGAACGAAGAUCAGCACUGUAAACCCUUACACGGUUCUAGAAGAUUCGAUCUUCAACGCCUUGGUUAAGUCCUUCGUGAAUGCCUCGGCUGCAAGGAACAUAACAAGGGUGGCUUCGGUGAAGCCGUUCGGAGCAUGCUUCAGCACGGAGAACGUGUUCAGCACGCGCUUGGGGUACGCGGUUCCAACAAUCGAGCUCGUUCUUGAAAACGCGAAAUUGAGUUGGAGCAUAUUCGGUGCUAACUCGGUGGUUCAAGUGAGUGAUAAAGUGAUAUGUCUUGGGUUCGUGAACGGUGGGAAGAACCCUACAACCUCCAUCGUGAUCGGAGGGUAUCAGUUAGAGAACAAUCUUUUGCAGUUCGAUCUGGCUGCUUCCAGAUUGGGAUUCAGCUCUUUGCUCUUCGGAAGACAAACCACGUGUUCCAACUUCAAUUUCACCUCCACCGCUUAAUUAAUUGAAGAAUUGAAUUAUGUGCUGUGAUUCUUAUUCUUCAGAAUAAAGGGCCAUGUCAUGUGGGGCCACACUUUUUGUUUUUUUGUGGGAGUAGCUUGUGCGGCUUCUGAUGUACGUGUAAUAAUAGUAUAAUACUCAUACACCAUUUGUGUUUGAAUCAUAAUAAAGGAGUGAUGAUACGUACACUUUACUUGA